UUGUGCAGAGAGCUGCUACCGCCGGUGUGCUACUUCUUUGCACCACUGCUACAUCCAAAGUAUGGCCAUCAUCUGAGAAUCCUGCUGAAGAUAUCGGCCCUCCUGGACAAACACAUGGGCACAGACACAUCGGGACAGCAUGGGCUCCAGACUGAAACAAAACCCUGAGCGAACCUUUUACUGGUUCUUUCAAGCAACUUGCCCCGUAGCCAGAGACAAAGAUCCCGGUGUUCUGUUUCAGUUCCCAGAGGACUUCAGCGAUGAGGAGUCCUCUCAAACAUUACCCCGGUUCUGCUUCCCGUAUGACAUAGGCCUACAAAGAGCGAAGGAGGGGGUGGCCGUGCAGCACUUUACCUUUGUUUUGACUGACCUUGAAGGAUGCCAGCGGUUUGGCUUUUGCCGUCUCACCAACCACACACAUACCUGCCUCUGCAUGCUCAGUUAUCUUCCAUGGUUUGAAGUGUUUUACAAACUUCUCAACAACUUGGCUGAUUACCUCUUGAAAGGACAGACCAAUGAGAUGAAAGCUCUGCUGGCUGCACUCUACAAGCAGCCCUUACCGCUGGCAGCUGGAUCAGUCACACUGCAGAUGGGAGAGCAGCUUUUGGUCAGCACAGAGGUGUCCCAUCCUGAUGGACACAGAGAGGGAAAAGAGGGGGUUCCAUACUUCAUCGCUCCAGACCCGAGAAGUCUCCCUUCAAUCCCCGAAAAUAGGAACCUGACUGAGAUGAUAGUGGCAGUAGAUGUGGGGAACCUGCUCCAGCUCUACGCCAGCAUGCUGUUUGAGAGACGCAUCCUCAUCUUUGCCAGCAAACUCAGCACUCUGACGUCCUGUGUGCAUGCACUCAGUGCUGUAUUAUACCCCAUGUACUGGCAACACAUCUUCAUUCCUGUCCUGCCACCCCAUCUGCUGGACUACUGCUGUGCACCUAUGCCCUACCUAAUAGGGGUCCACGCCAGUCUAUCUGAGAGGGUGAGGAGUCGUGGCUUGGAAGAAGUGGUUAUUCUGAAUGUGGACACAAACACUCUGGAAAACCCCUUUGACGACCUGAAAAGGAUACCUUCAGAUGUGAUGUCUGGGCUGAAGGUGUGUUUGAAGCGUCAGGCGGUGUCUCCUGGCUGCGGGGUCUCGAGGGCCUUCCUCAAAGCUCAGGCUCUGCUGUUUGGAGGCUACAGGGACGCACUGCAGGGUGAAAAGGAGGGAGAGGUGUGGUUCAGUGAGGAACUGUUUGUAGAACACAAGUCUUCCAGCAUGAGGCACUUCCUAGAGAAUGCCAUUCAUCUACAGUCCUUCAAAGAGUUCAUUGACGGUCGCCUGGAUAUUCUGAACAAAGGGAAAGAACCAGAUGACCUCUAUGAAGAGGAGAUCUUAAAGUGUGAAACAACUGCAGGGAGAAGCAAAUCCUAUCAACAGUUAGUUGGUAAUUUAAAGAAAGGGGGAGGAGCGCUCAUCCUUAACAUGAAGUCCAAAGCAAACAUGGGGGCCAAAGGUCUCACAAAGUCUGGUUUUAAAAACCUGCUGUUGCACAAGACCCAAAAUGAAGAGAACACCCUUCACAGGGGAGGAUCUGUGAAGCACCGCCGUGCCCAAUCGGACUGCUUACAGAACCGCCUGCCAAUCACUCAACACUUUGGGAGGUCACGUCCCCGUCGGCCUGUUCACAAACGUAGGUCCCCUGGAGACGAGGAAGACGUGCAGGACACUGGGGACACAUGGGAUGGAGCUGGCUCUGGGCCUGUGGUCGAGCUGGACUCUGAGCUGCAGAAGGAUGAGGAAGAUGGGGAAGAUCCACUGCUGUGUGACCCAGAGGAGAUGGAUCUGCUGGGGGAGAUCUUUGACACGCUCAGCUCCCGGAGCUCCAACGAGCGUGGCCUCCUGUACGCCACACGCAGCCUGGAUCUGUUUGGACCAGACAGCCAUGACUAUAUCAGGAAGGGUUGUUUUCCAGCCAACCCGAGCCAAGAGAGCCUGUCUCUGUCCAUCAGCGGCAGCGGCAGCCUGCACAGCUGGAACGUGGAAACCAUGGAGGAGCAGUCAGACCUGACAGAGGACUCUGAUUGGCUGUGCCUGGACACCAGCGUACCAGAGGAGGACAGGACAGAGAGUCCGCUGGCAGUGUGUGACAUAGAACAGCAAAAAGGAGGACAACAGGAAGAAGUGAGGUUAGCAAUAAAUGGGAACAAAGAAGAAGAAAUAGAUGGUGGAGGUAACUUUAAGGAAGUGAAAUUAGAGGAAGAGACAAAAGAAGUGAGUGAGGAAAAGAGAGUGAGUUUAGGAGAGGAGCAAUUGAUAGGAAUAGGGGAUAAUCGUGAAGAUAAAGGGUUGAAAGAAGAGAGGGAAAGUGAAAGAAGACAGAGUGACGAGGUAGCUGAGGGGCAAGAAUUGGAAGAAGUGACAAAUGAAGUGCAGAAAGGUGAAGCAAAAGGAGAAGAGGGAACAGAGCAGGAGAAAGAUGAUUUAAACAAACUGAACCGUCAUCAUCCCAACGCUGCGGAGGAGCAAAAAGAACUGGAGGACAAUCUGGAACCCACAUCUGGGCUUCAAAGUCUCAUUGUUGACCCUAAACCUCCAGAAGGUCCUGGAAAAAGUAGAGAAGCAGCAGUAGAGAAACAGGAGCAAGACACAAGGCAGACCCCCUCUCCUCCUGAAGUGAUGUCUGCUGAAACACGCGUCCAGUCUCAGAGCCACGGCGUUCAGGUGAAGGCCAGGAUCCAGGAACGGUCUGAACCUGAGAGACCCUGCAACACAGUUUGGAGCAGGGAAAACACACAGACUCACCCGCCAUGUGACUCAAAUAUAUCAGAGAAGAAAAAUGUCUCCAAGGAUGGUGAGGACGAACCGCCUCUGAUCAAAGUGUCUGAGCUUAAAAAGAGAUUUGAAGCCUAAAUUAUAUUUGUAUUUUAACAAAUCCAAGGAAAAACACCAACAUGAGCAAUGUGGAAGUGUGUCAGCACUGACCACUCCUGCAUAUCUGUGACCCAGGCCCUUUUUAAAAACGUUUUAGCGCUUUAAAAAUAGGACACUUGUAUAACGUUUCAUGUUAUUUAAAAUGACUCAGUUAACCUAAAAAAGGAUUGUAGCUUUAGGAAAGUAUUAUACAGACUUCAAUAUGUAACUCAUUUGUUGUGGACUAUUAGGGAUUGGGUCAAUGGAGUGUUUUUAAUCAUUUUUGGUAUAUGGAGUUGUUGUCAAGAAAAUCUUAUGGAACUUUGCCAAGAUUUGCCAAAUAUGAACAGAUUUGUACAACUAGGAAAUGUAGUUGAAAUGAAAGAAAUACAUUCAUGUUUUGCAUUUCUGCUACUGUAUGAUGGCCCAUUUGUCAUUGAUACAUGAAUAUUUGUUAUAAGGUGUGUGAGAAAGUUAUUAAAUACUAUAACUGACAAUGAGGAUAUUGCAUUUGUCUGGUCUUCACACAGAAUAUGAACUUAAAACAUAAUAAACAAACUAUUUUGAAAA